AUGAACGCGGAGAACUUGGCGUGCAGCGAGCGGCUCGUGACGGCCGGCUACGUGCGCCAGGGGGCGCAGGGCCGCCGCGCGCACGAGCUGCGCCUGCGCGCGCUGCUGGAGCAGGGGAAGUGCCCUGAGGAUGGAUGGGAUGAGAGCACCAUUGAGCUGUUCCUUCAGGAGCUCGCCAUUAUGGACAGCAACAACUUCCUGGGCAACUGCGGCGUGGGGGAGAGGGAAGGCCGGGUGGCCUCGGGCAUCGUGGCCCGGAGGCAUUACAGGUUGAUCCAUGGAAUUGGAAGGUCAGGUGAUAUUUCUGCUGUCCAGCCUAAGGCCGCAGGGUCUAGCCUUUUGAACAAACUUACUAAUUCACUAGUUCUGGAUAUUAUAAAGCUGGCUGGUGUCCGGACAGUGACCAAUUGCUUUGUGGUUCCUAUGGCAACUGGAAUGAGUCUGACUCUGUGUUUUUUAACGCUGCGACACAAGAGACCAAAGGCAAAAUACAUUAUUUGGCCACGUAUAGACCAGAAAUCUUGCUUUAAAUCUAUGAUAACCGCAGGUUUUGAGCCUGUGGUGAUAGAAAAUGUAUUGGAAGGUGAUGAGCUACGGACAGACAUCGAAGCAGUGGAGGCUAAAAUCAAGACUCUUGGUGCUGAAAAUAUUCUGUGUGUUCAUUCUACAACUUCUUGCUUUGCUCCAAGAGUACCUGAUAGACUGGAGGAGCUGGCUGUAAUUUGCGCUAAAUAUGACAUUCCCCAUAUUGUCAACAAUGCCUAUGGUGUUCAGUCUUCAAAGUGCAUGCAUCUUAUCCAGCAGGGCGCUCGAGUGGGCAGAAUAGAUGCUUUUGUUCAGAGCCUAGACAAAAAUUUUAUGGUUCCAGUAGGUGGUGCUAUCAUUGCUGGCUUCAACGAGUCCUUCAUUCAGGAGAUCAGCAAAAUGUACCCAGGAAGAGCAUCUGCAUCUCCUUCUUUAGAUGUCCUCAUUACACUUCUGUCUCUAGGUACAAGUGGCUACAAGCAGCUGCUGAAAGAGAGAAAGGAAAUGUUCUCCUAUCUUUCAAGCGAGCUGAAGAAGUUGGCAGAUAUCCACAAUGAGAGACUGUUGGACACACCCCAUAAUCCCAUUUCCCUAGCCAUGUCACUGAAGAAUCUAGAUGAAAAUAAUGAUGUUGCUGUUACCCAGCUCGGAUCUAUGCUUUUCACAAGACAAGUUUCUGGAGCAAGGGUGGUUCCCUGUGGGUCUGUACAAACGGUAAAUAACUACACUUUUAAAGGCUUUAUGUCACAUACAAAUAACUACCCCUGUGCUUACCUCAACGCUGCAUCAGCAAUUGGAAUUAAAAAACAAGAUGUAGACACAUUCUUGAAAAGGCUUGACAAGUGUUUGAAGACUUCUGUGAAAGAAAGAAAGAAAGAAAAAAAUGUGGAUGAAAUAAGUAAUUCUAAUACAAGCUCAGAACAACUUGAAGGCUAGAAGAUACAGUUUUUAUAACACAGGAAGAUACACUUUUGUCUGAAUAUGUCAGGUUUGUAUUGGUUUUAGCUUUCUGAAUCUGCAGUGCAGAAAACAAUUUAUCCCUCAGCUGAGAGGAAGGGGAUAAAAAAACAACUCAGGUGAAAUUCAGCUUUAAGGAAAACUUUAGGUAAUGUUCUCUUUCAGACAGAGGGCCAGUCACAAGCUUUUUGCACCAUUUAAAUGUCCUUAACAUCUGCCAAAGUAAAGUUGAGAAAGAUGUUGAGCCAGCCCUUUGCUUGAGGGGGAAUCUGACCGAUUGCGGCUGAUUCUGUGAUUUGGCAAAUCACAAAACGCUUAUUCCCACAUUCUGGACUAACAGCUUUUUCUGUGACAGUGAUUGCAGACCUUUCCAGUAUAGGUACAUAUCCAGAAAGAAAUAUUUCCCUGCCUCUUAAACGUCAAUGAGUGGUUUCUUCUCGGCAUACUUGCCACUUUUGAAAGAUUUAUAUAAAAGCUUGGGAUAGCACUUACUAAAUACAAUGAUAAAACUGCAUGAGGGAGUGAUGGAGUUGGAAUAAUAAUCCCUUAAGGGCCUUACACCACUGCUGCUUUUGGACACAUUUUUGUCUAUAAACUGCCUUGAAAUAAACAACUCUCAGUAGUCAAGAAAAAAAUCUAGAAUGCCUCGUAUAUGCAGAAUAAGAGUUCUCCACUCUUGGAAAUAGUUGCAGGGUUCAGCAACCCAAAGGAAUUUUUUGAGGGAGUGCAGUUACAAAAGCAAGGGGCUGUGGAGCACGGAGUGAAGAGGGAGAGUCCCUCCCAACUCCAUCCCACUUCUUUUUUUUUUAAUGCAUUUUGUCCCUUCUUUGGUAGUAGCUGCUCUUGGAUAGGAGCAGGAGAGGAGCAGGAGGUUUGCUGACGCCUGUGGCAUGAAUACAGCAAUCUCGAGAGCUAGUGAGUCCUGGCAGGACUUCUAAUCUUUUUUUUUUUUUUUUUUUUUAUGUACUGACUUUGACUUUUCAACUGUCUCCUGUCAUUGGCACUGCUGCUUUUGUAGCUUGUGUUCGGUUACUGAUGUGAAUUCAUUAAGUUAACAAUAGGUUUGGAGUCUGUUCUUUGAACAAAGGUUCCUUAUCACUGGAAUGACAUUACUGUAGGUUUCAAAUUUUUAACUAAUUAUUCCUAUAUGCAAUUACUGUAUUAUAUGUUGUUUUGAUGUCAUAUACUGGCCAAAAUGAGCCUAAUGCUCAAAGACAUUUUUCUUUGUCUUCCUGCAAUAUAUUAACUCUUAGGUGCCACAGUUAAUCAGUUCUAACCUCACAAAUUAUUCUAGUUAUUUUGUUUGGUGGGAUCAGAGCCCUCUGUAACUUGUUUAGUGAAAAUAGUGAUGCUUUUGAAAGGAACAUCUCAAUCAUAGAUGGAUUAUAUCUUAAUUGAUAUAAAAUAUGGUAUUAAUAUAUGGAAGUUAUUACAAUACUAAUCGUUAUGAGGGCACACAUAGAAGUAAAGUCCAUUGUAUCUAAAGCUUAAUUGGAGGGUGCUACUUGUACGUUGUUUCUGUUGCACAUUAAAUUAAUUAAAGUUUAUGAAGUAGUGGCUACCAGGGCUAGAGUCACACUUAGGAAUGUGUCCUAGGAGAAAUGUCGUCUCAUUUGACCACCGAGCCCCUGCGAUUGGAAGCAGGUGUGAAUUCUUGCUGCCUUUUUGCUGUGGAGAGCUUGCUUUGCUUCUGCUCUCCCCCCGUGGAGCUGCGGCACAGGCUGCAAGGCAAAGCCCCCCGCCGGCUCCUGCCUCGCUCUUUGGUACCCUGGGGACUGCCAGGCCGCCUGGGAGGGCUGCAGUUACCCCUGUAGGUGACACUUGCCACGGAAUGCAACCUUUAACAUUUCCUAACAAUAGUUUUCGGGAGGUGCCUGAUAGCAGCUCACAAAAGCGUUUGAUGAAUAAUAAUAUCCUGAAACUGAACAGAGAGCGAGCAGCAGAUGGCUCUUCUUCAAGGCAGUAAUCCUUGCCUUGUAUGUUCUUGUAUUAAAUUGUCUGAUAGAAGUCACUUCACUCAUUCCAGCUCUGGAUCGGCACACUUUCUCAGGUAGUGAUUUUCC